AGGGAUCAUCCUGUUUCCUGAGGAUUCACAGGCAUCCUCACGCUAUACACUACCUUUAAAUGGCUGUUAAGAGAUUUACGACGGAAUUUAAAUUAUCUUUAAGAUUUACUUUUAAAAAUUAGAAAAAAUUCAACAAGUUUUGUAAAAUGGUUUCGACAGUGUCUACUAGAGGCAUAAAAUUUAAAUUUAGUGAAGGAGAGCGUGUUUUGUGUUUUGAACCUGAUCCGACAAAAGCAAGAGUUUUAUAUGAAUCAAAAGUACUUGAACUUGUUGUUAGUAGGGAUGAAAGAGGAAGGAAAGUUCCAGAAUAUCUUAUCCACUUCCUUGGUUGGAAUAGCAGUUGGGAUCGAUGUGUAAGAGAAGAAUUUAUCUUGCCAUUUACAGAAGAAAACAUUGAACUUCAAGCUAAUUUAGCUACUGAAGCUGCUCUUACUAUUAAAGGAAAACGCAAAAUGAAAUUACCUCCUCUUAUCAAAGAAACUCUUGCCAAAAAGCAAUGUGCAGAAGAAGAAAAACAAAAACCUGAAAAACAUGAGAAUUCUGCAGAUUCAAGUUCUGAAACAAAUUCUUCAGAUGAAGAAUAUGAAAAAGAAGUCAUAAUUAACAUUCCAGAUGUAUUGAAACGACUGCUAGAUGAAGAUUUUGUAUAUAUAACUCAAAAAGAUAAGUUGGUGAAAUUACCCUGUAGACCAAAUAUUAUUGCUAUUUUAGAAGCAUAUGUUAAGCAUUUAGCAGCCAAAUUAAUCUGUGCCUCACCACCUAAAAACUCAAAGAAUGGCACAAAAGCAAUGCCAUUAGAUGUAAAUAAUAAAUUAAGUCUUUGUAAAGAAGCCAUGGAUGGUAUCCGCAUUUACUUUGACUUUACUUUGCCUCAUAUUCUUUUGUACAGACAAGAAAAGAAGCAACACUAUACAACAGCAACAACCUGUUCCCCAAUGACAUCAAUGUUCAAAUGGGAGCCUCGUGAAAAUAUGGAAAAUGUUGUUGUAAAGGUUGAAAAGUUAGAAAAUGAAGUAAAUAAAGACAAUUUUAAAAAUAUUAGUAACACCCCUGUUAUCAAAGCAGAACUUGAACAUGUUUUAGCAAGCUCUAGAAGCAGAAAAAGCCUUCGAAGUCAGUCCACUAAGACUGAAUCUCCGAGUAAAAAGGAGAGUUCCACAAAUGGUGACAUGAACAAGAAAUCUGAAAGUUUAGAAAAAUCUCAUAAAGCUAAAAAAACACCUAAAAGAAAACAGAAAAAAGCAAAUAUUACUCCUACAAGAAUCUUAAGGUCAACAGAAAAACAAAAACUUCAACCGCCCAAAGAAGAACCUCCACCAAAGAGCCCUGUCGGCACACCUCCACCCGACAUCAAGCGCCUCAGAUCUGCAAGCCCCAAUCCUACUACUACAGUCGAAACACCAACCCAACCUCGAAUAACACGGAAGUGUAGGCAACAAAGUAUGUCUCCACCACCCUUGCCUAGCCCAAGUCACCAUGCCCAUUCAUCCCAUACUGUAGAAGAAAAACCAGUGCCUACAGCUUCUACUUCAAAUAUACAAUCUAGCAAAGUGUUACAGACUUUUCCUCUUGUACCUAAUUGCAUCAGUUCAUCCAAUUCAUCGAGUCAUUCCGCAUUUUCAGACCGAAACAUGUCUCAUCAGUUUCAUCUUAAAAAGAAUGAAGCACUCUUACAAGAGACUCUCACAUGGCGAUUAGUACCUCAGCAUUUGUAUGAAAGCAUUCCCGCUGCACCUUCUCUCAUUUAUGGUCCCCAACAUCUGCUCAGACUUUUUGUUAAACUGCCUGAAUUACUGUCUAAGAUGAAUGUGUCUAAAAAGAAGAUGAUUAUAUUAUUAGACAUCCUUGAAAGUUUUCUGUUGUUUCUGGUAGAAAAAAAGAAUGAACUGUUUUUGCCAUCUGCGUAUAUUGAUUCCUGUGAUGAAGAUCUUGAUAAAAGUGCUUAGUCUAAACUAUGGCAUCAAAAACAUUUGUUUAUAUGUCAUGUAUGUAAUUAAUCAGUUAUGUGAUAUAUUUUGUUUCUAUUCAAUUUUCACUUUUAACUCAUCUUAAAAACAUCCACCAUAAAUCCAUGUUUAAAUUCUGUCUUAAAUUUUGUAAAUUAAUAUUAAGCUAAUAAAUUGUAAAAAAAAAAAAAUUAAAAAAAAUACUUGUUGAAUAAAUAGAUAUACAAUCAUAUAAAAGCUUCCAUGUUAUUAAACCGUUAAUUUUCUCAUAAUUUUGAAAAAACGGACGUAAAUAAUAACUAUUUUUUUAUUCAAGAAAAUUGUACUAAGUGUGUGUACAAUUUAUGUAUUCAUUUUUAAUUUUUGGGUUAAUUUUAAACUUCCAAGUUUGAUGAUUGCUUAAAAUAAACUAACUUUCAUAUCUAAAUACAUUACAAAUAGUCUUUUACUGCCAUGUGGUAUAUAGAUUAGGAAAUAAACAUGACUCCAGGAGUAAGAAACAGAUUGUUUUAAUCUUUUUUGGCUCCUCACCUUUGAACAUUUCAGCUCAGAAAUAUCACAGGCACAAGAAAUAUAAGGCAAAGCUUCAACUGGUCUUUCUGAUGGGAACAAGCUGCUUGAUGUAUACAUUAACAUAACGCAUUUGUGAUACAAUUUAUUUUGUUUAAUGUAAGCAUUAAGUUAAACGUGUUUCUGAUUAAUAUCCAUUUUUUAAAAUUCAUUCUAAAAAGAUUCAUUCUUAAAGUCUACCUCCAACCUGUAAUUAUAAAUUCCUAUCUAAAAAUCUUAAAUUUUAAUGAACAUAAUAUUUGUAACUCUUUAUUUAUUUAUUUUUUUAUUAAAAAUAAUUCAUUACAUUUUGGCAAAUACUUUUAUGAUAAACAUUUUCAUGCAUUUUAAUAUAAAAUUUCUAUAUCACAUUUUAUUUAAUAUUAACAUAAAUUGCUUUUACUCAAGUUUGCAUACAAUUUUCUCUUCUAUACACCACUUUUCAACUGAAUAACAAGAGAAAAAUAAACUUUUCUUUUCAUCAGGAAAAACAUCAGCCGUUGCAAGCACUCAGUUGCGUAACUUAUUAAUCAUUAAAACAUGAUUUCUUAGAAAUGUAGUACAUCUUCACAGACUUGUAUGAUUUGAUCAAUUAUUAAAAAAAUUAUAAUUGCAAAUAUGUUAGAUUCUCAUACAUCAAAAAGUUUAUCAAAGAUCUUUUGUAGGCAAAUCUGAAAGAGAAAAAAAAAUUA